AUGCUUAACCUCUUGAUCUCGGGGUACUUGGUGCUUUUUUUAGUUAACCCUUAUGCCUUCCUGCAAAGCAAGCUUGGCACCACGUGUUGCUGUUCCAAUUCAUUGUAUGAAGGCAUUUUUGGUCGAGUGCAAAUCUCUUGUUUCAUUUCAGUUUCUUGUGCACUACUACUGACACUGAAAGCUGUUGCAUAUUUCAACAGAGUGGUGGUGCGUAUAAUGAACAAAGGCAGCAUCCACAAAAAGGAGACGCACGGAACAAGCGACGACAUAAGCGAGAACACGCCUGUGGAGAAGGUCAGGGGCCCCAAUCUGUUUGAACGGACCAAGGAAGAGAUCGAGGCUCUUGUGGCGGCUGUUCACGAUAAGAUGGAGCACCAUUCCAGUCCCCGCGGGAAGGAGGGUGAAUUGCACAAGGAUUCCAAGGAACACAGCAAGGCAGACAUGCAUAAGAAGACCCACGAGAACGAAACUCAUGGUACAAGCAAUGAUAUAAGUGAGGACACGCCGGUCAGCAAAGUCAAAGGCCCGGGCGUGUUUGAACGUGCCAAGGAAGAGAUCGAAGCUAUCGUUGAGGCCAUCCAUCCGAAGAAAGAAUCCGACAAGUGA